CAUUCUAUAAGUUUUGCUUGUUCAAGAACAUAGCAGACAUGCUUUCUUUACGUUUCGGUCUUUUCCGGUUAUCCCGUAGCGUGUGCGAGGAUGAAGCAAAUUGUAACGAAUCAGACUGUGAAAAUACCUGACGGCUUGACUGUCACAGUCAAGUCCCGUUUGGUCACAGUCAAAGGUCCAAGAGGUAUCCUUAAACGAUCUUUCAAACAUCUUGCACUUGACAUUCGUAUGGUGAGUCCAAAGUUAUUGAAAGUUGAGAAAUGGUUUGGAACAAAGAAAGAAUUGGCAGCAGUUCGUACAGUCUGCUCCCACAUUGAGAACAUGUUGAAAGGAGUGACUAAAGGGUACCAAUAUAAAAUGAGAGCAGUAUAUGCUCACUUCCCAAUUAAUUGUGUUAUAACUGAAAAUAAUACAGUAAUUGAAAUCCGUAACUUCCUUGGUGAAAAAUAUAUUCGCCGCGUAAAAAUGGCACCUGGAGUAACGGUCGCAAAUUCAGCUAAGCAAAAGGAUGAACUGAUAAUAGAAGGAAAUUCUUUAGAAGAUGUUUCGCGAUCUGCCGCUCUUAUACAACAAUCGACGACUGUAAAGAACAAGGAUAUCAGAAAGUUCUUGGAUGGUCUUUACGUGUCUGAGAAGACAACAGUUGUACAAGACGAUGAAUAAAUGUUAUUCACGAUGUGAA